AUGUUCAAAUCAGAGUUCUAUGAAAUUGAUUCUAAGGAUCUCUUCAUGGAACAGGCAAUUGAACUAUUUCUAAGUGGAAACAUAGAGGGAUCAUGGAUAUUUUUCAAUCAAUUUCCCAAAGAAUUUCUUGAAAAAAUAUUUCGGAUGUUACAGGAAGUACUUGAAAAAGAAAACUUUGCAUUUAUUGAUAAUUACUCGCAUAAAAAGUACGCAAAUUGGGCUCUUUCUGCACUAUACAGCCGAGUAACUGACCAUCGAAUCAUUUCAAGCGAAGAUAUUGUUUCAUUUUCGUUUGAACAAGAAUAUAACAUUCUAAGCACCGAGGUUGCAAGCUUAGUUUCCAGAAAAACUCCUUAUUCCUCUGAAGAAAUCAAAAAAAUUGUUUCUCAGUUUCAUAACAUUAUUUACAAAUCACCAUCACUCUACAGAUGCAUUUCCACCAUGCUAGUACCUCUUAUUGACUUUAUAACUCCUGAAAUUCUUUAUUGUUUUCUCGGUUCUUCAUCCAUCGAACUUUUUACAUUUCCUCCAAUAAAACUGUUGCAAGAGAAGAAAGAAUUCACAUCAAAUCCAUUUUAUUACCUCGGAUGCUUCCAAUUAUACAAAUCAAACCCAAACUUUCCGAAAAUCAUCCAAAAAACGAUUUUUAAUGACGCAAAGUACCCAAAUAGUCACGAAUUACUACCAAAUGACAAUAUUUUCACAUUAACUAAUAUGAGUAUCCUCAAUAACAAAUCGUUUGCUGAUAUUCUCUUCAAUUUCAUUAUUUCGACAGAGAAUACAUCGAAAUUAGGAAUGACAUACUCAGAACUUGACUUCCUCAACGGAAUAAUCUAUUAUCCGAAGCUAAUGAAUCCUUUGAAGUAUGGAGUUGACACAAUAUCAGAGUUAUACACGUAUUGUCAACUAGUCAUCCACAAAGACAUCCUUUCUGAUACUCUUUUUAGACUUUUAUCCGACUACAGUUUGAUAUCAAAACUGUUUCAGUCAAAUAUUUAUUUUGAUCCACUCCAGGACUCGCUUCCAUACAUCAUGCAGGGCAAACUCGACGAUGUCAUCAACUAUUACCACGGCCAGAAGUUUUUCAGGAUAUCCGACCAUGAUAGAGAUACAGACUGUGAUUUUGUUCUUUAUUUGCGCGCAUUCAAGUCUGUUCUUUCUUCAAUGAAGUCUGGUGACUUUUCCUCGUGUUUCGACACAUUGACGAGUUCUCUGAGGCAAAUCUCACACAAAGAAACACUCAACAGCGCAGUUCUUGACUUAUUUUCUCUUCUUUUUGUGAAGAAAAACGAUUCAUUCACUUUCCCUCCGAAAUCCGCGCACGCACUGGUCACCAUCCUUCUUCAGUUCGCCAGGCUGCCAGUUCUUGUGUACGCCGAUUUCAUCUUGAACAUCUACAAGCCGCAGAACUUGCAGAACAGGCUUGAUUCGUUUUUUAUAGACGAGACGAUGCUUUUCUCCAGCGCUCUCUCGACGAAGAACUGGGAUGUCGCUGAGGCACUCGCAACAAGAAACGCCAAGUACAUGUGCGCGUACAGAGUGGCUAAGGCCAUGUCAUCUAUGCCGGAUGGAAACUCAGAGAUUCCUUCAGAGUUCGAAAUGAGGUACAAUGCUGAGAUGGGCCUAUCUUUCGCAGUCUUUCUUCCGAAACUGCUCUCUUCGAAGAUAGAAAGCGAGUCUGUCGCAGAGAUUGCAAACAGGAGACUCAGACUGAGCAGCGAUGCGCUGUCAUGCACAAGCAGGCUGUCGUGGGCCCCAUUGGUCAAAUUCGCAUCAAUGUUUGACGACAGGAAGAUUUCUGUUUACGAUCCGCAGAUUCUGUUCAUUUUGUCUAAGUCUCAUCUCUUGGACACGUUUAUUAAGAUAUUAAGUGACAUAUCCAAGGGAAAGGUAGCCUGCCUGCCAUCAGACUCGACUGACAAAAUACUGAUUGAGAAGAUAAACAACGGAGAGUUCCUGAAAGCAACAGAAAUCAGCAACUUCUACAAGGCAAACUUGUUCGUGUUCAUUUCCAGUUUCUGCUCAAAGAUAAAGUUCACAAAAGAGUUCGUCUCCUAUUUGUACAAAGACAAUCCAAUGGAGACAGUCGCUCUUUGCGAGUCAACAGACAACUUUGAGUAUAUUGAGGAUAAAGCGCCGAAAAUACUGAGAAAAUUACAUCAAAUUCAGAAAAAUCAAAAUUCAAUUGAUUUUAAUCGUUACAUGAAAUCAGAUGAAUGCGAUUUUUGCGUGGAGGAUGAUAUAUUUUAUUCGAUUGAUAUAGAAAAGAUCGAAAUACAUGACGAUUUCAAGAUGAAACAAUUGUGCAAUUUGUCUGAAAUUUUUCCUUCUCAAAAUGAAAAAUUGUCACUUUUAUGUAAUUGUUACAAGAACAGUUCAAUUAACGAAAAUGUCACGUACAAGUACAUGAUAGAUAAUUUGUUUGCGAUAAGAAAAGAGAGCGGCUGUUUUAUGGAAACUCUGAAAUUGUUUUUCUACUACGCGGAAAAAAGCAAAAAUUCUGCAAAUUCGCUCUGUAAAGAGGCAGGAUUAAACGCAACAAAGAUAUCUGAUAUUUUACUGUACUUUCCAGAGUACUUCCCACAUGUGCUCAACUUCUACAAGCCAAGAACUGCAGAGCACAUUAAAUUUUUCUCUUUGUGCGUUCCCUGUCAGUUUUUCAACGAAUUUGCCGCGUUCAAAAAACUGCCUCUUUCUGUUUUGGAAUUCUCUGAUUUCGGCGACUCCAAAUCAAUCGAAAGCCAAAUAGAAAAAUUAAAUCUCGACGGUUUGGAAUUUGACAAAAAUCUGACAAAGUUAAUUUCCAAGGAAUUCUUCGUGAAAAUGGUUUUAGACUCAUUGAACAAAUUCUGCAUCAAAAACUCAGUUGUAAAGUUAUCAAAAUUGUCAGAAAUAGUUUACAAGUAUUCAAAAAUAUUUAAUGAAAAUUUAACAGAAAUCAAAUCCGCCGCCACAGAAUUCAUUGAACAGUUCAUCAGGAAAUCGAGAGUUGCAUCAGAAUCAGACGAAAGAGAGUGUUUGAAGUUGUUUUCUUCGCUUUCAAACGUAAGGAUUAUUUUUACUGACGAAAUGAGAAAAUUUUUGAAGUUUGCAGAAGAUUUCGUUCUUUCCGGACCUUUUAUUAAGUACAACAUCCAGUAUUCAUUUGAAAAUUUCCCUUCUUUCCGCUGCUUGAGAGAGUUAUCAAGAAUUUGUUUCAAAUUCGACAAAAUGAAGCUUUGCUCUCUGAUUGCGAACGAAUACAAAGUGGAUGUCAACGACUUAUCACUUGUCUACGCAGAGAAAUCACUGAAAUUAGGAUUCUGCGACAUGAAUCUACUCCAAUCAAUCAAUCUGAAGAUAGACGAGAUGUUUAUCACGAGGAAUAUAAGGCAGUCAGGUGAUUUCGACAUAAACAUGCUGAAAAACAUGGAAAAUUUGGAAAAAAUCCCGAAUUCUUUCACUUCUUUGAGGAGUUUCUACUCCAAAAGCAUCAAAAACAUGAACAAAGCGAGAAACAAGACGCACAAAUUCCUUGUUCCAGCACUGAUUUCGAGGUUUAUGAAUAAUGAUUUCGUCGGAACAAUAAAGUCGAUGCUGAACUGCAGUUUGUACGACGAAUCUAUGACAAUUCUGCUUUCUAAGGGAAUGUCGCAGGAUAUUAUAUACAGCUUUGUUAAUUCUAUGUUUGUUUGGUUUAUUUCUUUUUCGAACAUCGAAAAUCUGUUUCAUUUGUUUUUGGAAAUUGACGAGAACUUGAAGGAGUCGAGAGUUCUGUGGAACAUGCUGAUUCCUUUCCUUUACGAGCACAAAAUGGCGGAAACACUGUAUCAGGUGGUUGAAUUGCUUGGAAUCGGCGAAAAAGGUGCGAAAAUGUUAAUGGAAAUCCAACCAUUUUUAAUUGACAAAAAAGAGAAAAAGAAAACAAUAGAAAACGCUAUUGUUUUGUACACGAAAAGUAUGCUAGAAAAGCAGGACAUGGACUACAAUGAGAUAAACAUUUGUAACAUACAAAUCAAACUGCUGAAUUUCGAAAAUGAUGUGGAUUUCGUAAAUAAUAAAAAUGCAGAAAAAGUUUGGAAAAUUUUCUUCGAAAACGGAGAUUUACAGAGUUGUAUGUUUGUAGAAGAAGUAUUCCACAUGAAUGACAUGCUGUCCAAUGAAAUAGUCAAAAUUGUUGACUCCGGAAUUGAAAAAAUCAAAAGUUUUGUUGAAAAGUUGAAUUUUUCUGAAAAUUCUUACCCGAUGCUGGAGAUAACGAAAAAGAUGUGCAGACACAGUGAUCUGAGAGUGUUUAUACCUGAGAUAGUGGAGAAAUGGAAUCUGGAUGUGAAAGUUCAUAUAAAUAUUUUGUUGAUGAACGGAUUUGUUAAAGAAGCUUUUGAUUUGUGCAAAAAUGGAGUUCCAAACAAAUAUAUUAUAGAGAUUGGAAGAUACGCAUUCGAAUCUGGUCUCUAUGACAUCGCAAAUCAAUGUAAUAUGCUACUUCAUUAA